AUGUCAGACUACGGCGCAGGUGAUCAUGAGGAACAUGAUGAUGCUGGUUUCGACUAUGAGCCUCCCGAGUACGAGUACAUUGAUAAUGAACCUGAAGACUAUGUAGAACCAGAGCAGACGGAGCAUGGUGAAAACGGAUAUGCGAUAGUGAAUGGCGACGGCCAGCCCGUGCAGAAUGGCGAGGGGGACGUUGUUUCGGGAGAUCCGAAUGCAGGCGCAUCGAAGGGAAAGGUCAUGCUGCAGCAACGGGAGAAAAAGGUUCCAAACGACCAGCGGACGACCACCCCCUACAUGACCAAAUACGAACGCGCACGAGUGCUAGGCACACGAGCGCUACAAAUCAGCAUGAACGCGCCGAUCCUUGUUGACUUGGAGGGAGAGACGGAUCCUCUUCAAAUCGCUCUUAAGGAGCUUGCUCAGAAAAAGAUCCCCUUGAUUGUUAGGAGGUAUGAGGAUUGGACCUGCGAAGAGUUGCUUUAA